AUGAUUCGCAUGAAAAGGACUCUAUGCCGGAAAUACAAGCUGGUGAGGAAUGGCAUCUCAGAAAGUGGAAAGGCAUUUGACAGACUCGAUGAAGCAGCACCCUCACAUUUGAAGACAGAAUGGUUAGCCAGGGAGAGGAUAGCUCAGUCAAGCAGAUUGAAUGAUCCUUUGGCGAUGGAUGAAUAUGAGAUCAAUAUAAAAAAGGCACCUAGCAAAAAGGAGAUCAAGCUUAGAUUAUUAGAGGAGGGUAAUGCCCGCAAUGCAGCACCCUCUCACAGAUCUGUGGCGACGUGGAUAUCAACAGGGAUCGGAAGAAGAUCCACCGAGACACAGAGAUUAGACAUCACCCGUCAACGCGAUCGGCUCCAAGGCCAGAUAGAUGGAUUUGCUCGGUCUGCUCUAACACAUCUUGGGGAGGGAUUUGAUGCAGAUGAUGAACCUGAGGACUUGAACGUAGAAAUUCUAGAUGAUCUCGAUGAUGACCCGGCGGAUUUCACAGAGACAUCUCAUACAUGGACAAACUCUCCCGAGCUCACUGUAAUCCCAUUGCCAUCAAACCUGGGGGCCAAUGAUGCCCUUCGCAAUCUCCGCAUUUACCUUUGCAACAAGGCCAUCCUGUUCCGAACAACCGUGACGUCGGUGCAGCAGGCAGUCUCCCUCCAUGCCAGCAUAUAUACAAAGACCAGGAAGCAAAUGAUGAAACUUGAGCCGGGGCAAGACCAGCUUCAGAAAUACAAACCCCUGCUUCGCGAGCAACUCAAAAUUAGCACUGCAGUGGGUGACCCAAAUGCCCGAGGUCAACGAAAUGAAUCUUUGGCUUGGUUUUGGUCUGUUGAAGUCGACCUCGGGGGUCCUGAUCAAUCGUGGAAUGAGGAAUUCCAUUGGCUCAGGGCAAAGGCACUACGAGAUCAAUGGAGGGAAGAAAUGAUAUUGGUCAAAUUGGAGAUGGAUUGGACAUGUAACUUCUUUUUGUGGAAAGCAACCCAAUGGGGCGACCACAUGCAGGAAUCAUUGGAGAAACACCUUCCGGGUCACAGAUGCUACGCUGGAAGGCAAUCCCAAAUGUAUUCAUUGCUCGCACAGGAUGCGCAGGCAGCUUUUCAAGACCUACAAAACGUGUUGAUAGAGGCUGGAGAUGAAUGA